ACAGAGCAGAAUGGGCUGUAGUUUAGUGUAACAGGAAAGCUGCAAAACAGUGUGGAGUGCUCUCGGUGCAACAUUAAAAAAGAGAGAGAGAAAAAUAAGAAAGGGGAAGACAGAGAAGGGAGAGUUUUUUGGUGGUGGGUUUUUUGGGUUUUUUUUAGCAGCCCAAACCUCAAAGUUUCCUAACUCUCAACGUGCUCGCUUGCCGGCGCUGGGGUUUGCGUCCUGCAAAAGGGGAGCCCCCUGGACUUUUCUUGGGCUGCGGUAACACGCCGCGACUAUUGUUUGCGGGUCUCCCCUCCCCCCUCCCCGAAAUAUGGCAAAGGUUCAGGUGAACAACGUCGUGGUGCUGGACAACCCUUCUCCUUUCUACAACCCUUUCCAAUUCGAGAUCACGUUCGAGUGCAUCGAGGACCUGUCCGAAGAUUUGGAAUGGAAAAUUAUCUACGUGGGCUCCGCAGAAAGCGAGGAGUACGAUCAAGUUCUAGAUUCAGUUUUGGUGGGCCCUGUUCCUGCAGGAAGACAUAUGUUUGUAUUUCAGGCAAAUGCUCCUAAUCCAGGACUAAUUCCUGAUGCAGAUGCUGUAGGAGUCACAGUUGUGUUAAUCACCUGCACCUACAGAGGUCAAGAAUUUAUUAGAGUUGGCUAUUAUGUGAACAAUGAAUAUACUGAAACAGAAUUGAGAGAAAACCCUCCAGUAAAGCCAGAUUUUUCUAAGCUCCAGAGGAAUAUUUUGGCAUCUAACCCCAGGGUCACAAGAUUCCACAUUAACUGGGAGGACAACACUGAAAAACUGACAGAUGCAGAGAGCAGCAACCCAAACCUUCAGUCACUCCUUUCUACAGAUGCACUGCCUUCUGCUUCAAAAGGAUGGUCAACAUCAGAAAAUUCACUAAAUGUUAUGUUAGAAUCUCAUAUGGACUGCAUGUGACCCGACUUACCUUUCAGUGCUAUGUAUGUGUUAGGAUGUAGACAGCACAGAGACACACAUACACACAGAUACACACACACCAUCACCAGAAACCAUUUCCCGGGAAUUACAUAUUCAACAUGUGAAGAAUUCAUUUUAAAAAACCCCACAUUCUGUAGAAAGUUUAUAAGGAAAAAGUAUUUGAGUGGAUGUAUAAAUAAAAAUUAUUUUUAAGUAAUUCUGAGGGUUUGCUUAGUCCAUACUAAGUAUAUUAUUAAAACAUUUAUUUACCGUAUUUUUUCCUCCCCUGCAGGCUGGGUGGGGGUUGAGGGAAAUAUAGGAAGUUAGAUAUCUCAUAGAAUAGUUGGAAGGUACCCUGAGGAUCAUCUAUUCUAGUCCAACGCCCUGCAGUGCAGGAAUAUGCAGCUGUCCCUUAUGGGGAUCGAACCUGCAACCUUGGGGUUAUCAGCACCACACUCUAACCAACUGAGCUGAAGAAGUUAAAUCUACUACUUGUUUAAUACAUAUGCAAGACUAUUCUAAACAGCCUCUGUUUGGAAAGCAGGAAGCGUAGCAUAAACCACAGCUGCCUUUUCAAGGCACAUACGACUUUAACAACACGAUUUAGUCCAGCAUCAAAACGUUUGUGUGGAAUACUACUGUGCGUGUACUAUGAGGUUUCCCCCCCACCCUUCUCACACGCGCUGUUCGUGGCAUGCCAUGCAGUGUUACCACAGAAAGAAAUACUGGGCUAAAAGGUUUGUGCUGGCCUAGAUGCAUGUGCUCUUGGAUCAUAGACACUAAACUCAAAUCCUCCACUGCACCAAAAUAAUAAGUCAUGCACAUUACAGUAGUCCUCAUCAAGCAGUAAGGCUUACAAACGCUUAUGUGUAAGUUGUGGCUUAAAAUAUUUAUCAGCCUGCCAGCCACAUACUUGGUCUGAGACCUCCCACACACUGGCCCAUUGCAUGAAACAUGAUGAAUAGAAUUUAAAGCAACAGAAGCUGAAGGCGCCUGGGACAGCAUCAGGAACCCCCCAAACUACAAUUCCCAUCAUCCCUGACCACUGGUCCUGUUAGCUAGGGAUCGUGGGAGUUGUAGGCCAAAACAUCUGGAGGGCCGCAGUUUGGGGAUGCCUGCUCUAUAUGCGCACAAGUGUGAUUAUUUUAUAUUUGAUGCUAUAUAGUGUGGGAAGAAAGGGG